AUGAGCGAAAAUACUAGCAAAGUGAAUCCGGAAAAGAUUCCUCUUGAAACUGAGCAAGGCAUAAUGGAGAGUGAAGAAAGAAAGUGGGGUUUACCUCUAAAGGAAGUGUAUAAACAUGGAUUGUCUUUCUACAAAGAUAAAGAAGGCAAAGCGUUGCAUUUAAGUUAUGAAGACAGGUUAAAACUGGUUGCCUUUACACAACAGACUGCACAUGGUCCUCUUGAUGUAAACUCGGCUCCUCCUUUAGGAGUUCUCGAUGUUAUUGGUCGAGACCGAAGAGCAGCAUGGCAAGCAUUGGGUCAAAUGACACAGAUCCAAGCUAUGGCUGGAUUUAUACACACAUUAGAUAGGUUAUGUCCCUUAUUCAAGCCAUAUUUAGAAGCAAUACAAAAGGAUUAUGAAAAUAAAAAACAACAACAACUUAAGCAACAGGAAGAGGAAAGGGCCCACUUGGAACUACAAAAUAGAGUUAUUUUAGAAAAACAAAAGCAACAAAGUACUAAAUUGACUGAAGAGCAACAAGUCCAAAGAAUAAAAGACGCCUUGAACGCGCAAACCUAUGAUCAGUUCCUUCAGUAUGCACAACAGCAGUAUCCUGGCAACUUUGACCAGCAAGCGAUCCUUAUCAGGCAACUGCAAGAUCAACACUACCAGCAAUAUAUUCAACAACUGGCAAUGGACCAGAGACUAGCUAACACUAACAUAAUUGACGAUGACAAUGAAGAACAUUAUGAUAAUGAUCCGGAGACCCUUAAAGCGGACAAGGAAGAUGCCAAGGAUUGUAAUUUGAAUGAUGUAGAGGCAGUAGAUGCUAUGGAGAAUAGCAAGUCAAUGCAAACCUCUGACAAAACUGAAAUCACCGACUACGCCGAAGAAUCACGAGGUGAAGAAGAGUCUGAUGGAGAUGACGUAUUUCCGGCAGUUGAAGAGGCUCGUAUGUGGACACGCGGUGAUAUAACUCAGUUCAAGGAAUCCGCUGGAGAAGGGGGAGGGAAAUUGACCGUAGGCCAUGGAGAAACUAUCACUGUGCGAGUGCCCACGCACCAUAGAGCACGCUGUCUGUGCUGGGAGUUCGCCACAGACAACUACGACAUAGGUUUCGGAUUGUACUUCGAGUGGAGCAAGUCUCCGACCACUGAGGUGACCAUACAUGUGUCGGAGAGCGAUGAAGAGGAUGACGCCGAAGAUGAUGGCUAUGGAGACGCGGACGAAGAAUUCACGAUACAAGGCACCGGAGACCCGGAGAUAGGCGGCGAGAGACGGUCCGCAGCCGCGCCGCGCCCGCUCGUCAGCCUCGUGGUGCCGAUAUACCGGCGCGACUGUCACACAGAGGUAUACGCUGGUUCGCACACGUACCCAGGUGAAGGGGUGUACUUAUUGAAAUUCGACAACACAUACAGUUUAUGGAGGUCAAAAACGUUAUACUACAAAGUAUAUUAUACGCAGUAA